GGCUGGGAGAAGAGACAGCAUGCCAGAGUCCGGCUGCGUCUCUCCCACCGCAUUUGAGGGCAAAUCAGCUCUCAACUCAUCUUACUCUGCACCGCACAAGGGAAACAACAAUGAACUGACGAAAGACAAACACACAGAGAAAAAGAGAGACAAGGAGGGAGAGAGAGAAAGAGAGAGAGAAACGCCGCCGUGUUUUUGAAGCAUGCACAUAUUUUCUGGACAUAAGCUCCUCUGGUUCAUAUUUGCAGAGCGGGACGGAUCGAGUGACCACAACGCUUUUGAAAAAGCAGAUGUCACAGCAAAGCAGUGGUAGCAGAAGGACGCUUCGAUACAAGCGGUUAUUACAGUGCAUCUCCUGGAAGAUGGACGAGACAUAUUGGGGCUAAGGAACUGGCGACUUAUCACGGUGCAGAGGAGAGAUGUUUUGCAACUGCCUCAGGCUGUUCAAGGGGAUGAAUGCCUUCCCUGGCGUCAUUUCUCGCUUGCAAUAGGCUAUGUAGCUCAAACGACGGCAGAGCGUGUGCAGCUGUACCUCGGCUAGUUGAGUAAAAGCUUCGCUCACCGGCGGAAGCCGAGCACCGUGGCCGCCAGCAACCUUUCCUACCUCCAGUCUCCAUGUGACGGAUGUGAUGCCCCACUAAGAGAAGAAGCGAGCGCAGCCUCCAGAGCUGUCCGCGGUGCUGAACGGAUCCGUCAGCUCCCCGGGUCUUCACGAGUUGACCUUCUCUCCCCCUGAGCGGAAAAACCAUCCUCCUGCAACGCACAUUAAGGUGGCAAAGCAGGCCACCACACAUGGACAGCUGCUGGGCUUGACUGAGUCGGCCGGACAAUAUUCUAUUUCAUGGCUGUGGCACGCAAAAUCAAAACUUUGCUGACCGUCAACAUUUUAGUGUUUGUGGGAAUUAUCCUGUUCUCGGUCUACUGCAGGAUCCAGGACCGAUCCGAGGAGCUCAUCCAGCUAGGGCGUAUGUCUGACCAGAGGCUGCGAGCCAGGAAUGGCAAAGUUUCCAACUUGGUGGACAGACAGUCUAUUCUCCAGAGGCUGGAGAGGCUGGAGGAUGUGGUCUACAAUCAAUUAAACGGUUUGGCAAAGCCUAUGGGGCUAGUUGAGGGGCCAGGAGGCCUUGCAGGGGGAGCUGCUGCCACUCUGGGAGAAGACAGUCAUGACGCCGAGGGGAAAUAUGAGGAGUAUGGCUACAACGCUCAGCUCAGUGACCGCAUUUCCCUCGACAGAAGUAUCCCCGACUACAGGCCUAAAAAGUGUAAGCUGUUGACAUACGCGGAGGACCUUCCUCAGAUCUCUGUGGUCUUCAUCUUCGUGAAUGAGGCACUUUCAGUGAUCCUGCGCUCCGUCCACAGUGUGGUCAACCACACACCGGCACACUUGCUCAAGGAGAUCAUCCUGGUGGAUGACAACAGUGACAGCGUGGAGCUGAAAUUCAACUUGGACCAAUAUGUGAACAAACGCUACCCAGGCCUGGUAAAGAUUGUGAGGAACAGCAAGCGGGAAGGCCUGAUCAGAGCCAGAAUACACGGCUGGAACGCGGCCACGGGUCCUGUCGUCGGCUUCUUUGAUGCUCACGUCGAGUUCAACACUGGCUGGGCUGAACCUAUUCUGACCCGGAUGAAGGAGGAUCAUACCCGCAUCAUCCUGCCCGCCAUAGACAACAUCAAGUACAACACAUUUGAGGUGCAGCAGUACGCCAACGCCGCCCAUGGAUACAACUGGGGGCUGUGGUGUAUGUACAUCAUCCCUCCGCAGGAGUGGCUGGACAAGGGCGAUGAGACGGCCCCUAUCAGAACUCCAGCUAUGAUUGGCUGCUCCUUUGUGGUUGAUCGGGAAUACUUUGGUGACAUUGGUCUGCUGGAUCCUGGCAUGGAGGUCUAUGGAGGCGAGAACAUCGAGCUCGGCAUGCGGGUGUGGCAGUGUGGAGGGAGUAUGGAAGUCCUGCCAUGUGCCAGAGUGGCUCACAUCGAGCGCACAAAGAAGCCCUACAACAAUGACAUAGAUUACUACGCUAAGCGCAAUGCCCUGCGAGCCGCUGAGGUGUGGAUGGAUGAAUACAAAUCCCACGUCUACAUGGCCUGGAACAUUCCCAUGAACAACCCGGGGGUUGAUUUCGGGGAUGUCUCGGAGCGCUUGGCCUUAAGGAAGAGGCUGCAAUGUCGGAGUUUCCACUGGUACCUUGAGCACGUCUACCCAGAGAUGCGGAUCUACAACAACACCAUCACAUACGGCGAGGUGAGGAACAGCAAAGCUAGCGGCUACUGCCUGGACCAGGGCUCUGAGGACGACGAUAAAGCCAUCCUCUACCCUUGCCACGGCAUGUCCUCCCAGCUCGCCCGCUACUCCACCGAGGGUCUUCUCCAGCUAGGACCCCUGGGGUCGACCACCUUCCUGCCUGACACAAAAUGCCUCGUUGAUGAUGGCAGAGGACGUACGCCCAGACUGAAAAAAUGUGAUGCUGUUUCAAGGAUUUCCCAGAGGCUUUGGGACUUUACACAGAAUGGUCCAAUCAUCAGCAGGGACACUGGCCGAUGCUUGGAGGUAGAAAUGUCCAAAGAUGCCAACUUUGGCCUUCGCCUGGUGGUCCAGAGAUGCUCUGGUCAGAAGUGGAUGAUACGAAACUGGAUUAAGCAUCCCAGGCAUUGAAGCCAGAGAACAACCUCUGAGACAGUUUGGGCAGUGUUUCAAGUAGCGGUUGGAUCUCAAACUGUGGACAGUUCAGAGAGGAGCAGGGACUGAUGGUGCUAGUGUGUGGUAUUUCACACUACAGACUGCACUGCACACUGAGCUUCCCUCAGGCCACAGAGCUUUCCAACACGGAGUCUUAAAGAAGAAUAUGAUCAAUUCAUGUGUUCCACUGCGUGUUCACAGAGACCUUACGGCAAGCCGGACAGCUUGAAAUGGCCCAUAUUUUUGACAUUCAGCUACAUGUAUAGAACAAAGUAACAAGACACCUGAGUGCAGCCCCAGAAGGUGGUUCAGAUUCAUAGUAAUUCUUUUGUUUCUACUGUAAAACUAUCACAUCUUUGGAGAUGAAAAAGAGCAUUUUUUUCUGAGUGCAUCUGAGCAAAUCAAAAGAUAUGUUUGCUGUCAGUUGCCAUAUCAAAGUGAUUAUUUUGGGCUGUGAUUUGGAAAAUUGUUUUGGACAUAUUGUGCUACCCUGGUAAGACGUGUGAUAGGCUUCAAAGGGGCUGGUCACCAAAUCCAUCAUGUGAUCAGGAGGCAUUUCACCUGCACUCACAAAACUCUACAGUUCUUUGUUUCUUUGGACGGUAUUGCUCACUGUGGACAGGAGCAAUCAUGUGCCUUUUUUUCUCAUUUUUCUGCUUAAUCUGACCAGGGAAUGUCAGUCCCAGAAGCAUGUACAAAAUUAUUUGAAAAUUAUAAUAUAUUAAACAAUGUAUAAGACAGUCUAAUGAUAGUAAUAUAUUGUAAAAAGUGAAAAAUUGAUAUCGUCCACUGAUAACAAUUAGGAUAAUAAAAAAAGUUUUUUGAUGA